AUAAAAUUAUUUUCCACUACACAACUCUCUUGAAGAUAGUUACAAGUUAACCAUUUAUCAGUCAAGUGUAGUAUCCUCAUAUCGUUUACAUAACACAUUUCGAAGAUUAGAUAAAUAAAUUAGCACUCAAGAUGAUUGGUAAUAGUGUUGUACGAUUAGCUACCUCGGCAGCAGUUAAAGUACCUUCACGAAGCAUGAGUGGUAUUGGAGUCGCAGGUCCCCCACAAAACCGUAUUGGAUUCCCAUUAAAAUUAGCAUAUGGUGGAGCUAUGAUUGGUGGAGCAUGUUUUUAUCCAUUCUGGGUUUUAGUCCACCUUAAAGAUUACAAAGGAAAAGAAUAAUCAUCUCAAUUUUUAAAUGUAAUUUUAGUUGUAAAUAAAUACUCGAAUA